UGUGUUCAUUUUUGUUUUCUUUUCAAAAUUAAUUAAAUUGCAAAAAAAAAUAUCAUUUUAAACGCCUGGCUAAAUUUAGCAAACAAUAAAAAAAAAUAGAAAGUUUUCCUUGUUACGGUUAUGGUUAUUGUCGACGUUGUCGUCUGUCAAUGCUUAAAUGUUGAUUUAAAUCGACAAAAACAACAAAACGUCUUUGCCAACCUUUUUGCUUUUGUUUUUUUGUUUUUUCACAUCAUUCAUAAUUGAUUACAAAAUAGGUACGAAUAAUACUUAAAUAAUUUACAAAUUUCGAAACAAAGCCAAUUUGAAUGUAUAAAUUCCUAAUCGAAUAAUCAAAAUAAAAAACAAAUUUACAAAUGGGUAAUCUACUGUAUUCGAGUAAAAAAAAGAAUGCCAAAGAACAAUUGGAAGAUAUACAAGAAGAAAUCUAUCAAAUUGAUAAAUAUAAAUUAACAUCAUUUUUACGGCAAAAAAAUUAUCUUGCUUUGGUUUAUUUUCUAUUCAUAUUAAUCUAUCCAACCGGUUUGGUUUAUAUUUAUUUUACAUUCGAUAGUAAUAAUAAUCGAACACAAAUAUUAUAUUCAUUAUUAUUUAUAAUAUCGCUACCGAUUUUUGUAUAUCUAUUUCGAAAAUAUUUACAUUUGUAUUUCAAAUGGAUAACCGAAAAUAAUAAUAUACGUUUAGUGCAAUUAUUGAAAGAAAAGAAAAAAAUUUUAUCCAAAGUACAGGAAACAGAAACAUUUAAUGAUGCAAAAUGUAUAUUGGAAAAAUAUGAUCCAUCAUUAUUAAGAAAUCUUUCACUUUCAUUGAAUAAUCUUUCACAAAUUGAUAAUGCUCCAACAGCGACACCGAUUCGUGAUCGACGUACAAGUACGUUUAGUCAUCAACAACAACAACAAUCACAACAACAACCAUUACAAUCGCAAAACAAUAAUUUAAAUAAUCGUUUAACAUCACCAAUAAGAAAUUAUAAUCCGAAUCGAAUAUCGGGACAAUCAUUACCACCGCAGAUGAAUCGUAAUUAUAUGACGCAACAACCACAAUCAUCAUCAACAACAACUAGUAAUCAACAGCAACCAGGAAUGAUUAAUAUAUCAACAACACCAAUGAUCGGACAACAACGUACAAUCAAACCAAUAUUACCACAAAAUCGUAGUACAGUUGAAAAAGUAAUUGAUUAUAUGUUUAAUGAUGGUCCAAAUAAUCGUUAUGCAUUAAUUUGUCCACAAUGUUUAUCACAUAAUGGUAUGGCCUUGCCGGAUGAAUUUGAAUAUAUUGCAUAUAUUUGUGCAUAUUGUGGUACAUUUAAUCCAUCACGUAAAAUACGGCCAGCAGCACCUUCGCAACAACCGCAACAACAAUCGCAACAGCCGCAGUCACAACAAAAAGCAAUUGAACCACCGCCACCGCCAUCGCCACAAUCAUCAUCAAAACCAAGAAAUCUAAAAAUUGUUGAAUUAUCAAGCGUACUCAAUAAAACGAUGGAUUCGACAAUAAAUAAACCAACGGUUGAAGAACCAUCGGAUGAUCAUCAUAGUGAUAAUGAUAAAAAAUCGAAAAAUGAACGAAAUGAACGAAUUCGUUCGAUUGAUUCAUCAAGCGAUGAUGAAUGAUUGAAUGAAGAAGAAAACGACAACAACAACAAACCAAACAAAACAACG